UGGAUUGGCAUAAAAAUGCGAAAUUUCGCAAGGGUCUACAUGGGACACUCCAGAAAGAAGAGGCACCCAAGGCGUUAUUAGAUUUUAUCGUGGCAGAGAACGAACAAAAAUUGCAGUCCAUGUCGUUUUAGGACGCCACUACUCAUAUUGUACGCACACCCGAACAAGAUCUGGAGAAUAACGCAUACAGAAAUGUGUUGGCUUGCAUGAAGUUAAACCCUUUGGUGCCACUGGAGAUAAAACUUCGGGAUUUUGAACGCAAAGUAGACCUAAUGGAGAUGCGACAAUAUAAGAAUCCGCUACAAGUAUAUCGCAAUCAUGGUAUGCUCAACCUAAUAGGUCAAGCUGCGGGGAAGCAUAUUACAGUGAUACCCUUCGUAUGCACUCGAACUGACGAAAAUAUUCCGCGGAACAAAUGCGUGAUGUAUUUCGGGUGAAUAUUGACAAGGCAGAAGAACACCGUCGGGCAAAUCUUUCUCGGCCAGUACAAAUUCCAAGGGGAUCACGUUCACGCACACGAGGGCGUGUGGAGGCGGACAUGCGAGCCAGCCAGCAUGCACCACCAGCAUCAAACCCUCGGGCUCGUUGUCGGCCAUGUGAGUAGAAUUCUUGGCCCAGCGCACGCACCACGCUGUCCUAAGAUACAGAGAGCGCCAACAUCAACCAACACAGGCAGCCAUACACCACAUGGGGGUGCGCCUCCACAUCGUGCAUCGGCUGUGGGUACAUCCACACGUACACAACAGGUGUCGGGUAAUAACUUCCGUCCUCGAGUUAGUCUAGUAGAUGGGGAUGAUCAGAUGCCUGAUUCUACGCCAGCAGAAGUAGGAGAGAGUGAGGUGAUGCAUAUUCAUGAUUUGGUCGACGAGUCAUACGUAGACAGCGAAGAUAAGUUGGUGGAGGCCGCCCAAGGACCAGCCGACUGGGAAGAGAGACAAGUGCAAAUUGAAAUGUUGGGGUGUCUGAGUUGAACGUGUGCGUAACGUUUGGUCGUACGGCGACAAAUAUAUUUGCCGUAAAAGAUAAGUUGUUCUCUACCGACAACCGUGUAUAUGUUACUUUACAAGCAAACGGACAUGCGAUGUGCACACUCGUUGGCACGGGGGCGAACCACUCUAUUAAUACUCAGGCAUCCGCAGAGAAGGUAUUACCAGCUAAGGAUAGCUAUAUAUACUUGGGGGACAGAGAUUUCCGCACACUGCGUCUCGGCAAAACGUAUGCCACGACAGUUCAAUAUGGUACACAGUCUACAGCAGGCUGUACGUGAACUUAUGAAUUUACUCGAUGAUAUUGAUGUAAUUCUGGGAGUGGGGAGU